GGCGAUGGCGGCGGCGAAGAUGGCGUCCCUGUGGAGCGGCGCCGGCUGCGGCCUGUGCGACCGGGGCCCCAAGUACCGCUGCCCCGCCUGCCGCACGCCCUACUGCUCCGUCCCUUGCUACAAGAAGCACAAAGAACAGUGCAACCCCACACCAGCUCAAGCGUCAGAGAGGAUAAAUCCAGGAACUUCCCCAAAUGCCAGAAUACCGAAACCGCUGGAAGACAAAGGUGGUGAGUGGUCUGACUUUCUCACCAGUGAUGAUGAAGAAGAUAGAAUCUCCAUUCAGAAGCUAAAACAUCUAGGGAAAUCGGAAGAAUUGAAAAACCUCCUCCUCAACCCCCAUCUCAGGACGUUGCUCCUCACCUUAGAUCAAGCAGAAGAGAAAGAGGUGCUCAUGAAAAAAUACAUGCAGGAGCCGCUGUUUGUGGAAUUUGCAGACUGUUGCCUGAGAAUAGUUGACCCUCCUGAGGAUGAGGAUGGCUGUCCAGUGUGACUGGCGGGCUGGCCCCAGUCCCUCCCAACAGGGGCAGCUCACUGCGGGCCGUGUAACCAGGCUUAGAAACGCUCAAACCUUCACUCCCGAGACCCAGCUGCACGCAACAUGCUUCCACCAGCAUGGGACGCAGAGGGUCACUUUUUUUUUUAGUACGUCGUGGUUUCUUUCCUACAAGCUUUUAUUCUUUAAAGGACAAAAUGUUAUAAAACAUCACCUAACUUAAAUAAAUUAUGACUUUGGACUAAACAUAUCGAACAUUUUCUCUCGACUUAAAUUAUGACUUUGGGUGGUAGUGAGAACCCAGUACUAGGACAGGAUUGGCAAACAUAGUCUAAACUUGAAUAAAUUAUGACUUUGGACUAAAGGA